CAGAUUUCAGGUUUGGCUACCUCACGAGUCACGACCUGUCGACUGCUAUCAGCUAAAGCCCGCAGCUGAAUACGAACUUGUCUAUGCCACGCAAUGCCCAAAAGCGCUAAGUCGCGCAAGCUGCCUAUAACCCGGUCUGGCGAUGUUGCAGCAAAAAGGAGACCGCUUGCCGGUCCUGCUCUGAUUAGGAGAUUCCAUGUGCUGCAGACUGCAUUGCAAGCAGCAACGCGCAAAAGAGAUGCUGCGCAAAUCCAUUCGCUUGGAGAAGAAAUUGAUGGCCUUGGUGGUCUACAAGCGUACCAAAAGUCGAGCAUUGCUGGGCAAGAUGUGCGUAGAGGAGGCGAUAGCAGCAAGAUUUUGCUGUCGUGGCUCAAGUCGCCUACCUGCGCAGUGCAAAUCCCUCGUGUAGGAGAGCAGCCGGCCAAGGUUCUAGAGCUUGGUUGCUUGAGCGCAGAGAACUACAUCUCGCAGCAUCCGAAGCAACUUAUCCUAACACGGAUUGACCUGAAUGCGCAGAGCGCACAAAUACAGCAGCAGGACUUUCUGAUGCGACCUUUGCCUGCAGGUGAUGGCGACCUCUUUCAAGGCAUCAGUUGUUCGCUUGUGCUGAAUUUCGUGCCCAUUGCGGAUAGGGGCCGUUUCUUGUUGCAUCUGACUGCAUUCUUGCCUCCGUCAGCAGACACCAAUCACAGGCACUGGCUGUUUCUGGUCUUGCCUGCCCCAUGCGUCGUCAAUUCUCGAUACAUGACACUUGAGAUCCUAACAGACAUGCUCGAGACGGUGGGCUUCACAAUGCGUGAAUCAAAGAUGACGGAUCGCAUGGCCUAUUGGCUGCUCGAACGGACUGGUCCAGUCAAGACGGGCAAGACAUUCAAAAAGCAGGAGCAACGCAAGGGCAGCAAUCGCAACAAUUUCUGGAUACCCUUACAGACAUGAUUAGCUAGAUGCGCGCAUUAGGCUUGAGUCGCCAGACGGCAUCGCCUUGCCCGUCUUCCUCGGCGAGGCCUUCCACCUGUCCGUCUUGCUGUAGUUUUUGCAGAUGCAAGUCGACACCAUGUGCUGCUGCCGGGUACAAGUCAGGAUUGACAUCUUUAUAAAUCACUUUGACGAGAUCCAUGGCACUGGCCUUGUGUAGGCCCUGUGACUGAGCCCUAUGCCGUAGUAGUUUGACGAUUUCAUCUUCUCUUGCU